AUGCCUCCUUUCAAGGAUGAGCAUGUCCUGCUCAUUGCGCCGGGUUCGCAAAUGACCUUGGCACAGCUCGGCCUGCCCGAAACGUUUACACCUGCGCGAUUUCGAUUCCCAACGCGCAUGUUCCCUGCCGAGAAGAAGGGAGAAUAUGAGCCCUAUCGUGUCCGCGAGAAACGCCGAGAGGUCAAGGUCAGCAAUGGCACCGAGGCCCCCAAGCCAGAUGUGGAGAUGAAGGACGCUGAGCCCGCUGCGGUCGAGGGGGCCCCAGCCGCGGAAGGCCCCGUGAAGCCUGAGGAUGGCACCCAAGAGAAUGGAAAUGAGGAAACGACCAAGACCAUCGAAGAGGUGUAUUAUGAGGAAGACCCAGCAUCCGACGAAGGGGCAAUCUAUCCGAUUGAGAACGGGCGCAUUGUCGACUGGCCCUGUUUCUUCGCCCUGCUCACCCACAUCCACAACACAUUGAGCCCGCCCUUCCACACACCAAUUAUGAUCAUUGCGGAGCCUGUCUGGUCGGCUCGCGAUCGCGAAGCAAUCACUCAGUUUGUCUUCGAGAAGUUCAAGGCUCCCGCGUUCAGUCUUAUGGACUCCGCUCUUGCCGCUUGCUACGGCUAUGGUACAGCUACAGCUACUGUUGUCGAUGUUGGAAAGGGAAAGGUCGAUGUGACUGCUGUGACUGAUUUCACAGUUAAUGAGCACGGCAGGGGUGUGGCACUGGAGGGAUGUGGUGGAGAUGCCAUGACCGAUCGUCUUGUCGAGCUGCUUGGUAGCAAGGGAUUUACGCGCGAGAUGUGCGAGCAGCUCAAACGAAGCAACAUCGCUGAGAUUCUGUCUGCUGGCACUCCGCUGCCCGGUUCCUCCGCUACUGCGCGCCAGGGAGCCAAUCCUGCUGCUGCCGCGUCCACGGGAGGAGCAGAUGCAAACGAGUCUGCUCCGCGAGGUCCGGGAGAUGGCACUCAGACGGGGACAGAGGGCGCCAACGGUGAAGAGGAUGAGGGUGUUCUCGAUGUGGCUGCGAUUGUCAGCGGCAACACCACGGAAUACCUUGCCAACAUUGAGAAGGAAAAGACAACCACCAAGAAGGGCGCUGCUGACCCCAAGGGAACCCGUCUGCCCAACUCAAAGAAGGAGAAAGCGUCAUUCCAGUUUGAAGAGUAUGUUCAAAUGGAUGGAGACAAGACAGAAGCCCAAGGUUCCCCCCAGUAUAUCCGUCAGAGUCGGGAAAUCGAAGUCAGUGUCGAGCGUUUCCUCUUGACUUCGCCGAGCACAAAUGUCGGUAACCGCUUGACCGGUGGUAUUCUCGAGGACAUUGCGACUCAGAUCCACCAUACCAUCCUUGCUGUCCCAGAUGCUACCAAGCGAAGUGAGCUUUGGGACUCCUUGAUUAUCGUUGGUUGUGGAAGCAAAGUAAAAGGCUUCACACAAGCUUUGCUCUCCGUCAUCACGCAAAAGUUCAUUCUUUCCCCGUCCGGCACCAUCUUCAUGUCUGAAAUUCCGUCAAACUUCACCACCCCUGUUCCAACCGGUACCAACACACCGGCUCCUAUGGGCCAACCUGGACAGAUGUACCACCCCGCAGCACAAGGCGUCAACCCUCUCCUCGUGGCUGCCACACACAACAACCCUGGUAUGCCCGGCGGUAUGCCCGGCACGCCCUCCAUGGACCCCAAUAUGGCCCUACACUACCGCUCAACCGGCCACUCCCAAACCCCGAUCUCGGUCAAAACUCUGAAACCCCCGAACCAGGGCAACAGCAAUGCCCCCGGUGCCAGCAGCAGCAGUGCUGCGGGUAACCCCGGUGCAUCUGGCGCAGCCCAGGGUGGCCACGGAAUGGAAGAGGCCAUUUUCCUCGGCGCUCAAAUGGCCGCCAAGGUCUUCUUUGUCCUUGAUCAGGGGCUCAGUAAGGGAUACAUGAGCCGGGUCGAGUACAACGAGAGCGGACCGUCUGCAAUUCACGAAUACGUUCUGUAA